AUGGCAUCUAAUGCCUCGGGACUGUUCGGGGGGUUCGUCAAUCAGCAAGGCUCAAACGAUCCAAACAGGCGCACAAUAUGGAGGGCGGACCUGGAGUCUAUCCGGAGGGAGACGCCAGUGCUCGAUGCAACUCGGUAUCGCCCCCAGCAAGUUACCAUACAGGCACAAAAUGCGCCACAAGCGCCAGUUGCCUCUUCCAAUACAGGGCAAACCUCAGUGACGAGUGCCGCCCAGUCCAGCCAGCCCCCAGCUGUCACGAUAGAGAUAAUAGACUCCGAUGACGAUGACGAUGGCGGUCACGGGGCAGGAAACGUCACGGGCGCGGGCGUGCUGGCGUUCUACGGCCAGCAGGGCCAGGAGCCAGCUCGAGCCGCCGCCAUGAUAAAAUACCAGGACCAGGACCUGGCGCGCCGGGGGAAGUACCCGUCGCGGCAGAACGGGCUCGGGUUCGACAUGGACCAGCUCCGGCGCGACAACAACUGGGCCGUCCCCUCGGACGGCGAGGUGGCCGCGGCCUGGGACAGGAACAUGUACAUGUCCUCGCCGCCGCUGGGGCUCGACGAAGCCGUCACCAGGAACUGGGCCGGUGACGCUUAUGACCUCCUGUGCGGGUUCCCGCUGGUGGAGGAGGUGGUCUUCUUCCGCCCGGGCAACUACGCCGGCGCCAGUUCGGCGUGCUUCUUCAAGGCGCUGGCGUACCUCUUGUACGGCGACCACGCCUUAAACCUGCGCGUGCAGGCCGAGCACCUGAGGUACUACGGCGACGUGCUGGAGUGGGUGAACCACCCGCGGCAUCAGCUAUAUAAGAGGAUGAACAGGAAGUUUUACGACACGUCGGUCACAGCUAAUAGGACCGAUGUCGAUCUGGUGGCAAACUUCUUCCAGCUCCUCUCGAUCCCACAGGCGUGGGUUCCACUGGACCUGCUCGACGUAACCGCGGACCUAUAUAACCUUUUCAUCGUGGUGUACACCAUCCGCGUGCGUGCCGGCGUCCCACCCGAGGUAACCGAGGUGAGCACCAAGGGGUCCUACAACGCCAGGCAUAUCUGCCUGCUCUUCAACGGCUAUCAUUACCAGCCGAUGGUCCCCAACGACUUCUUGGCCUCCGAGUUCACGUUCCCGAGGAUUACGUACGAGAACAUCAAAUCACUUCCGUCGUCGAGAGUCACGGACGGGGGUAAGGCCUCGAUUGAUCUGCGAUGGCGAAAUACGUGGGGCCGGGGAUUAGACAGGAAACAGGGCGCGCUACCUGUCGACCACGCCUUUUAUACGCACACGUUGGCGACCAUAAUGAAGGGGUCUUAUCCACGGCGGUGA